UGUGAUUAAUUUGAACUUGGUCGAGUUUCCAGUAGCCAACUUUUUACUAGGAGGAAGACAUGGAGGGUUCAACGCUGACACAGAGGAGGGCUGAGUGUCAGUUGAAGGAAAGGGAGAUCCAGAGAGACUACAUGAUGGAGCUGGGAGCCAGGUUGGCUCUGGUGAGACAGAUCCAGAGGGAGCAGGAGAAGGAGAUGAAGAGGAUUUGGUUUGAGACGAGGAAAAUGCCAAGCCUGAUUGAGGAGAAUGUGAGAGAUGUGACCAACCGUCCACUCACUGAGUUCAUUGCUCCUUGUAUUGACUCCCUCCCACCGCUGGCUUUCACCAAUCGGAGGCCUAUACCAACCAUGUUACAUCCCCCCUCUCCAUUGGCCAUACGCACUCAGGAUGCACAGCGGUUCCUUGUAUUUUCAUACUUUGUCCCUGCUGAGUGCCCAGUUGCCACAGAGGCCACAGCAGAUGUAUCUACUGGUAAAAGAGAGGACUUAUUGACAGAUACACAUCUUUCAUCAAUGCUGCAUCGAUACCUGCCACACUUCUUGAAUGAUGACUCCAUUCCACCACAGCAGACAGUAGAGGGAACCACUGAGCUCUCAGUUGCUCCAGUGGCAAUAUCUAAUAUAAAGGAAGAGGACAGAUUCUAUCCUUUCUCCCUCCCACCACUGGCUCAGCGGUUCGUUGUUAAUUCAUUCAGAAGUCUUCCUUCAGUGCUGCCUCCAUGCCUGCCACCAAUCUUUGAUGAUGACUUCAUGCCUCCAGAGCAGACAGUAGAGGAUGCCUAUGAGGUCUCAGGUGCUACAGAGAACACUUCAGGCACAGCUACUGUUGAUGGAGUGGACAGAUCAACAGCUAAAUGCCCUGUCCCAAUGCUGCCUCCAAGUCUGCCACCUGUCUUUGGCAUUGACUACAAACUGCCAGAGGAGGCAGUUGAGGACAACACAGAGUGCUCAGUUGACACCGAGGCAAGUGCAGUUGCAUCCACUGUCAAGAGAGAGGAACUGACAGGUGAUAAAAGCCCUGUCCGAGCAAUUCCUCCAAUCCUGGGAUGCAUCCAUGACAAGGACCACAAGGAGCCAGAGCAGAAAGUGAAGGGCCCUAGUGAAGAGGUGGAUCUCUGCCCUCACGCUCACCAGCUGGACCCAGAUGUUAACUUAACUCUGGCAACCCGCAAUGAUGAACCCAGGACCUGGACCCUGGAAGAGGCAAAGGAUUAUUGGAUAGGCCUUGAAAGUGAGAGUGAAGAGAGGAGCGUCAAGGAGGAGGUGAGACAGAGGGAGGGAUUGAAGCGUGGGGCGGACUGUGCCCAUUCCAAGAGCUCCAAUGGGAUGGCUUCAUCCGAGAGAGCAGAGACCAUCCUUGGAAGAGUGGGCUUUCUGGUCAUGAACCACAUGCAGAAAAUCCCAUUUUUGAAGAUGAAGGAAAAAGAGAAAAAUAAGAAUCUGCAUAAGAAGUUGAAAGAUGACGAGAAAGAGAGAAAGGAGAAGAAAAACAAGGAGGAGGAGAACAAAAAGAGGGAGAAGAAAGAGAUGAAUGAGAGAGAGAAAGAGCAGAAGAAAGUCAUGAAGGCUGAGAAAAAGAGGGAGAAGUUAGAACAUAAAAAGAGAGAGAAGGAAAGAAAAGAGAAGGAAAAGGCAGAGAAAAAGAGGUUAGAGGGGCUGAUGAAGAUACAUAAUGACAUGAUGAAAGACAGGAUUAAGAAAGAGAAGAAGUGUUCUGAGGAGCUGAAAAAGAGAGAGAAAGCUCAAGCUGAGUUCUUGGAGAUGGAGAGAAAGAUUCAAGAAAAGGAGGAGAAGAAGAGAGAAAAGAGGAGGAAAGAGGAGAGGAAGAGACUAGAGAAGAAGAAAAAGAGGGAGCCAGCUGGAGGUGGAACUGAGAGGGUGACAGAAGAGCAGGGAAAGGAUGAAAGCUUGAAGAUGGAUGAGUAGACUGGGUAUUAGAGAGAGAGAGCAGGGUGGGAUACUGUAUUUUUGCAUGCAAUGAAAAAUGCAAUAAAAAAUCUAUAAAAAAGGUUUACUCUCUGUUUGAUUUUUGUC